CCCUUCAGUUCAGUCUCCCUCCCCCAUUGCCUCCCACGGCCCUCAUUUCACCCUCCCAGCACUCACCCCAUCUGCCCAGAACCCCCAUCAAUACAGCCCCCCACCCAUCAGCCCUCCCCCUCCUCACUGCACCCCCCAGUCUCACCUCUGCUCCUUACGAUUCUUCACCCUCCCCAGACCCGGGGGGGCACUGCAGUGGGGUCCCCUCUCCCACUUCCCAGGCUAGCAGGGGAGCAGCCACCUGGGCUGACAGCUGGAGCCCCGGUCACGCCCGGGGUGGCUGACAGGAUUUCAAUAUAAAAUUAAGCCGAUGAAGUGGGUUCUAGCCCACAAAAGCUUAUGCCCAAAUAAAUGUGUUAGUCUCUAAGGUGGCACAAGGACUCCUCAUUAUUUUUCUAGUUGAUUUAGUUGUUGAUUUGAGGGUUUCGCUCCCACCCUUUCUAUGUCCGAUGAAGUUUCUCUUCCCUGCUGGAGUGUAGGCUCCUGUCUCUUGUUAGCUUGACAGCUUUGUUUAUCUGAGGUGUCAGUGAAUUCUCAUUGUCUUUUAAAUUACUUUGUAAUUAGCUGCCUGGUGGAGGAACCACAUUCCUUUGUUCAGGGCGGGGGUAACUCCUGUGUGACUGGAAGAAAACAUCCUGCCAUGUGAGCAUUCUCUUACUCAGAAAUCCCGACUCCGGCGAGUCUGCGGUGGGGCGCUGGCCUCACAGUGCGGUUGGUGCCUGGUGUCCGUGGCGCAGUCCGUGGCAGGCUUGCCAGGCGGUCACAUGGCUGCAGGGCUAGAACUUGGGACCUUUUGCUCCAAAGCCGCGGCCCUGCCCUGGAGGGGGACCUCUAUCACCAAGAGCAGCACUGCCGGCUCCCCCCAGCUAAUGGGGCGGCACAACCGCCCAUGGUGGAGCAGGCUGGCCAUGGCCCAUGUGCACAUCCACUGUCUGUUCCAAGGCAUGAUGCUCCUGCCAGGUCACAGGAGCCUGUCUGUACCUCACUCUCAUUCCUUCUUCAGACUCCUGCUGGAAACAAUGCAGCCCCUCGAGGUCAGGUCUGUGUUCGAGGCUGCCCAGGACCCCACCUUCCUGCACGGACUCUCCCUCGUCAAUGGCUUUUCUGAGGACGUGCCAUCCACAGACUCGAAUGCCAUAGUGCAAGAGAAGCCAGUGGCAGGCGAUGGGGAGGAGAGAGCCCGUGGGGUCCCAGAGAUAUCGGACCGGAUGUGCUGUUCAUCCUGCUCCCGGGAGUUUGACAGCAGGGAGGAGCAGAAGCUGCCUUGCUUUUUUGGCAAGUCCCCGGCAGGCUGGCAUGUGGCUGAGGGGACCUCCGCACUGUCCAUCCCGGGGCGUGGGUUGGUGCGCUUCCAUCCAUCUGACCUGGGGGAGCAUCAGUAUGGGAUGCCCCUCCUCACUCCGUUUCCUCCCCAGACUGAGCAUUACCGCCUGGACUGGCAUCGCUUCAACCUGAAGCAGCGUUUGCUGGGGCGCCGGGCACUCGCAGCAGAGGAGUUCGAGGAGAAGACCCGUGCAGGUGACAUCUCCAGCAUCUCUGGGUCCGAUUCUGAUGACUCCGAUUCGGGCAGUGAGUCCGAUCUGCUCUCUCCCCGAGGCCACGGCAACCCAGGGAGCGACCAGCAGAGCCAUCGCCCAGGCACCCGCUCGGCUAAGGUCCUGUUCCACAACUCCCAGGGCCAACUGCUCUCUGCCUACCGCUGUGUGCUGGGCAGUAAGAAGGGCGGUGGUGAGCAGCAGGCAGAGCUGGUGGCAUCUCUGCAGAGCCUGGGCGCAGGCACCUGUUGGGUUAUCCUGAUGACAGGCGGUGGACACUUUGCAGGAGCCGUUUUCAGGGGGCCUGAGGUGCUGGAUCACAAGACCUUCCACCGGUACACGGUGCGUGCCCGCCGGGGCACGGCGCAGGGACUGCGUGAUGCCCAGGGCCAGGCCUCCAUGCCCAAAUCGGCCGGCGCCUCGCUGCGGCGGUACAACGAGGCGGCUCUGCUCAAGGACAUCCAGGACCUACUGGCCGGCUGGGCGCAGCAUCUGCAGGGAGCCCAGCGCAUCUUCCUGCGUGCCCCCCGGGCCAACCGGGCACUGCUCUUCAGCGGCAGGAACGCCCCUCUGCACAAGGACGACCCCCGCGUCUGCAAUAUCCCCUUCAGCACCCGCAGAGCCACCUUCAGGGAGGUGCUGCGGGUGCACGCGGCCCUGGCCACCCUGCAGGUGUAUGGGAAGGACACAGCGGUGGUGGAUCUCGCUGGCUCCCCCCGGAAGGGCUGGAGGAAAGUGCCGUGUGCGCGGGUGGAAGAGCCCCAGCAGAGUGACGCCAGCACCCCGUCGGAGGAGGAGGAGGAGAGCCAGGCUGGGGAGCUGGAGAUGGUGGAGGUGACGCUGAGCACGCUGCAGCUCCGGGAGUUUGAGGUGACACCUAAGCGAAGCCGCAAGAGGAGGAGGAAGAAAGACAAAGUGGGGAGAGCCCUUCCAGGAGCAGGGGCCCGCGCCGAGGGGCCAGGAGGCCAGGAAGAGCCCGAGGGCUCAGCACCCCAGCCGGGAGCAGAGACGGUGGCAGACCCUCAGGAAGGGCCUGGGGCAGAGCCUGCUCCCUGGGGGAAAGGAGAAACACUCCUGGGCCAGCUCCGCGACGCCCUGUUCACGGCCUGCAAGACGGGGGACGUGGGGACGCUGCGGCACCUCCUGGGUGUGGCAGAGAGCGGGGCACCCCCAGCAGGCAGCGAGGAUGGUGCCAUGGGGCAGCCCCAAGGCCACCCUGGCAGGGUGCAGAGUGAGGGGUCGGAGCCCAACCGCGCAGCCCCCGGGCUCCUCUCGCUGCUCAGCGAGCCCAUCGACGGCACCGGCUUCACCCUGCUGCACGUGGCGGCUGCGGCAGGGAAGGGGGCGGCUGUGCGACUGCUGCUGGAGGCUGGUGCCGACCCUGCGCUCAGGGACUGGCAGGAGCGGCCCCCGUACUGUGUCUCUGCCGACAAGUCGACACGCAACGUCUUCCGCAAGUUCAUGGUGGAUCACCCAGCCAAGUACGACUACGGGCAGGCCAAGGUGCCCGGGCCCCUGACGGCGGAGAUGGAGGCCAGGCGGCUGGAGAAGCAGCGGGCGCAGAGAGUGCAGCGGAAGCAGCGGGCACAGGAGCUGAGGGAGCAGCAGCAGCGGCUGGCGCAGGAGCAGGAGGAGAAGCGGCGCUUUGCGGCCCUGCCAGACCGAGAGAAGAGGGCCCUCGCUGCCGAGCGGAGACUGGCUGCCCAGCUGCCGGACACGGGCGCGGCUCUCGCCAACCCCAGGCGCUGCUGGCAGUGCGGGGAGUCCCUGCUGGGCCGGAUCCCCUUCCACUACCUCGACUUCUCCUUCUGCUCCACGGGCUGCCUGCAGACCCACCGCCGGGGCCGCACCGGCCCCACCUAGCGCCCGCGCCAGGCCGGCCAAGGCAGGGGGCUGCCACGUGUGGAAACGGACAGUCGCCUGCUGGGGGGGAGGGGAGGCGCUGGGCACUCCCGGGGGGCUGAGCCCAAGUCCCAGCCUCCUUCCCAGCCCAGGGGGCAGGCCCCUGCCCAUGUCCCCGCCUCGAGGGGAAGGGUGGGUUGGGUGGGGGGACGAGCAUCCACCCUUGGGCGGGAGCAUCAGUACCACAAGGGGCAGGGCCCUGGGUUGGGGCAGGGGGAGCAGGCUGCAGCUGGGGGCAGCGUGGCUGGUGGAUCGAUGGAGGAGGGACCAGGCCGCCUUGCCCUGUGCUGUGCGAACCGCCUGAGGGCUCCAGCUCCCGGGGCCAGGCAGCUGGGUGGCCCACACGCCGGGGAGGAGGUGGUUAAUGACGGGCAGCUUGGCUCAGAACAGCGCCCCCCAUGGGCAGCAGCUCAUUGCCUUGGGUGGGAGCUCGCUGCAGCACCCUGGGCCCUGCCUGGCACCCGUGAGUCCUGCCCGCUCCAGGCCCCUGCAGCUCAGCCUAGCCUCCAGCUGCCCUUGCUCCUGGACCUGGCGAAGACGGGGGAGUGAUAUAGCCCCCCUGUGCCCAAGGCCCUGGUCACCCCCUGCAUGCUGGCGGCCAUGCUGCAGACGGGUGCCCGGUACCUUGACCCCAGGACUCUGAGCAAGCCCCCCACUGGCCCUUGAGUGCCCCCAGCCUCUGGCUCAGGGCAGCUCAGCCGGCGCCCCCCAGGGUCAGUCCGAGCUGUUCACGGCCCAUGAGGUUUGCUGUGAACCACCCUGGGGCGUGCGCAACGCCAGGGUGACAGAACACGCCGGGCAGGGCAGGGAAGGCACAAGAUUUUGCUUUAACGGGUAAUAAAAUGUAACCCCCAGUGCCCAGCCGGGGGGGCGUGAGCCAGCAGGCAGGAAACCGGCUCCCCUGGCAUUGCUGCCUCUGCCCCCCACCCCGGCAAGCGGCCACGACGCCCCCCAAACCUGGCAAUAAAGGGCAAGCUGCAGGCAGUGAA